ACAACGUUACUGAGAGAAGCAUUUUGGUUUGAGAUGUUCCACUUAAAAUUAGUGAAAGUUUGGCCAUCAGAAGGAAUAUCCAGCCUUAGCUCAUUCAGCAGGAUUCCCCAACUAGAAACAAAAAAAGCUGAUGCCACAUAAUUUACAUUUAAAUUUGUGAGGGCAGAAAAAAACUGCAGUUUCUCCUACACGUACUUCCUUGUUGGUACCUUUAUAAAGCCGGCCUUUACUCUGCUCACUCUAAGUUCUUCACUUCUGAAAGAUCAAAGCAGCCGACGACAUGACGACUAAAGCUUUGCUGCUGCUCGCCACUCUGACUCUCUGCUGCAUCACUGCUGUGCACGGUCUCCCCAGCAAUGGGUAUGGGUGUCGCUGCAUCAAGACCACCUAUAACCGAAUCCUCAUUUCCAAUAUCAGAAGAAUUGAGGUCAUUCCUGUUUCGGGAAGCUGUCGGUGGACAGAAAUCAUAGUCACCAGGAAGAAGGGUGGCAACAUUUGUGUCAAUCCAAAUGCCAAGUGGAUCUACAACAUGAUCAGCAAUUUGCAAAAGAACAGCGUGAUCUCCAGCUCAGCCACUGUUGCUCCUUCUCAGACCUCCAUGGAAACAGUGUUAUGAAAAGGAUGGAAUGACAAGCCAAACGUCUCUUACAGUUCUUAAAGAAUAAUAAUGUGAUGAUUUUUCCAGUUUACUGACAAUAAACGUGUUUUAUGUUUGAUGAAAUAAAUUUUUCUAAAUGUGAA